AUGCCGCCGCAGGCGAACCCCUCGGUGCCCGGCAUCAACCCCGGCUGGGCGGCGCGCGCCGAGGCUAUCAAUCGUGCCGGCACCGAGAUCGCCACGACGCUCUUCGUCGGCGGCAUUAGCCCGGGAGUGGGCGAUGUGUGGCUACGGCGUGUGCUCGAGGCUUGCGGCCCGCUUUCAUCGCUGAAGCGCGUGAACAAGGCCUUCGGCUUCGCUACGUUCGUCGAUGCAGAUGGAGUGCUGCGAGCGCUGGAGCACUUGAAUGGCAAGGAGCUGCCCUCGAUGGGCGACCAGUCGGGCGAAGCGCCCAAGGCGCUGAGCUUGAAGGCUGAUGCCAAGACGGCGAAGUUCCUGGAGCAGUACGAGCAGGGCCGGACAGUGGACGGCGACGCGGAUAACCUGUCCACCACGACUAUUGCCUCGCUCCUGACACAGAUGAAGGACCCCAACGCUGCGGCGGGCUCAGACGGCAGCGAGGUGCGCUCUUCGAUCCCGUCGCACCUCAAGGACCUGCCGCCGGAGGAGCUGCCCGAGGAGCAUCGCACGUCGGUGCUGUCGGAGAUCGACAAGUUCCGGCAGGCCUCUGCGGCGCGCGAGGAGGAGAAGAAGCGCCGCGACCGCGUGCUGGAGCAGGAGCGGCGCAUGCAGCAGGGCGGCGGCUGGGGCCCGCAGCAGGGCGGGCCGCAGGGCCCGAUGGACGGCCCGUCGCGGCCUGCUGGCGAUGGCAGACAGAGCUACAACAAGCCGCUGGACUUUGUGGCGCAAAAGGAGAUCACCGACCCGGUCGAGCGGGAUACGGAGGAGGAGAAGGAGCGGCUACGCAGGGCCGAGGAGGCCAAGCGGAAACAGGCCGAGAACCAGGAGCAGGACUACAUCUACGCGGAGCGGCGGAGAUUUGCACGAUGGGAGAAGGAGGCGGAGCGGGAGCGCAUUGCGACGGAGGACCGCGUCCAGCGGGCAUCGGCAUUGCUCGCGCGCAGCGAUGCGUGGGACGACGCGCGGGAGAAGGAGCGCGAGCUCUUCUACGCCGAACGGGCACGGUGGCGCAGCUACAGAAGCGGCGCGCGGCAUCGGGAAGAGGAGGCCGACGCUGCCGAUCGCGAGGCUGAGAAGGCAGAGGCGGAGGCCGCUGCGGCAGCGGCCCAGCGGGCGGCAGAGCAGGCCGUGGCGGACUCGGCGGCGCACGCAGACGCCCAGCGCGCAGCCGGUGUGCUGCUGCCCGCGGACGGCUCGCACGCGCCGCUGAAGCUCAAGGUCGCACCGAAGCCUGCGGCGGGCGAGGAGCAGCCGGCCGCUGCUGCGGUGAUCCCCAAGGCCGUGCUUGGCGAGGCCGAGGAGGAGGAUCUCGGACGGAGACGGCUGCGCAAGAUCGAGCUGGGCGAUGGCCUGUCCGACGAGAAGCGCGAGGAGACGAUCAAGCAGCACGCGCCGCACGUCGAGCGCGAGCUACCGCGCGAUCGCGAGGGCCUCUUUGCUGCCUCACCAGCAUGGGACUGGAUCGACGAGGCCGCCAUUGCACGCAGCUACCGGCCACUGGCAGACCGCAUGAUCUCAGACAGCGUCGGUGAGAGCGUGCCCGAGCUCACGGAGGCGUUCCUCGAGGCGCUGCGCAAGCGGUCGCAGGUGCCUGCGCUCGUCGACGUGCUCGAGCCGGUUCUGGCCGAAGAGGCGCUGCCCUUCGUGGAGCGCUACUGGCGCCGUCUGCUCGUCGACACGCUCAGUCUGGCUGCGUCUGCGACGUCGUCGUGA